AUGGUUUUAAAUGUCUUGCAAUUCAAUGACACUUGGAAAUGCACGGCUAGGUCAAUCAGCAUCUGGACUGGAUUCUGGACUGCUAGCGGUAGUGGGAAUUCUCCCGUUCCCUGGUGCUCAUCCAAGCAGGGGAGUUUGCUUUACCCAACUCACUCAAGGAUACCGAGCAUGUUGACUCAACAGAAUCAGUCUGGGGGUAGAACCGGAUAA